AUGAAGUGUGAGUUAGUGUUGGUCUCUGCUCUCCUCUGGAUCACCGACGGGUUCCUCUCCAACUUUACCGGGACGUGUUCACCGGGACUCACGGAGCGGGCUGCCGGGGAGUCGGUGCGUGUCUCCGUGGACUUGUCCCGGCUGGUCCACCGGGUCGACCCUCGCUUUCUGUCCGUCACCAUCGAUGCCAGCCUGGCUUCAGAGGAGAAGUUCAUGUACCUCCUCAGCGCUCCGAAGGUCCGAACGUUGGCCCGAGCUUUAACUCCGGCGUUUCUGAGGUUUGGAGGAACCAGACAGGACUUCAUGGUGUUCACUCCUCAGUAUGAUCGGCUCAGCACGUUCAAUGCAGAGCGAUCCUGUGAGGAGCUGCGGCUGCCUUCAUGGCUGGAAGAGAAGCUGAAGAGAGACUGGACUCAGCAGCAGUCGGUCCUGAUGAGAGAAGACCUGCAGAGGAAAUACAAACGCCUCAAGUUCACAGAGUUCACUGUAGACCUGCUGCACUCCUUCACUAACUGCUCAGGGAUGGAUCUGAUCUUCGGGCUGAACGCUCUGCUCAGGACGGCCGAUAACAGCUGGAACAGCAGCAACGCUCGCACACUGAUGCAGUACUGUGAGUCCAGACAGUACAACAUGUCCUGGGAGCUCGGCAACGAACCGAACAGCUUUGAGAAGAAGGCGGGUAUUCGUGUGGACGGCUACCAGCUCGGUCUGGAUUUCACUCGUCUCAGAGAGAUGAUGUCAGAAUCCAAACUUUACCGCCACGCCGGUCUGUACGGGCCGGACGUGGGCCAGCCGCGAGACCACCGGGUGGAUCUACUGGAGGGGUUCCUGCAGAGCGGAGCAGAUGCAGUGGACGCUUGCACCUGGCACCAUUAUUACGUGAAUGGAAGAGACACGUCGUUGGAGGAUUUUCUGGAUCCAGAAGUUUUUGACACUCUGACCUUAAAGACCAAUGAAGUCCUGGAGAAAGUGAAGCUAGCGUCUCCGGGGAAGUCGGUGUGGCUCGGAGAGACGAGCUCAGCUUACGGAGGAGGAGCUUUAGGACUGUCGGACACGUUCGUCGCUGGAUUCAUGUGGUUGGAUAAAUUAGGACUGGCAGCCAGACUGGGCCUGGAUGUGGUGAUGAGGCAGGUGUUCGUCGGCUCUGGGAGUUACCACCUGGUUGACGAAAACCUGGAUCCACUUCCUGAUUACUGGUUGUCUCUGCUCUAUAAGAGACUCGUUGGACCGGAGGUUUUAAAGAUCGAAGCCUUUUCUAAUUUGGGCCGAAGUAAAAGAGUGAGGCUGUAUCUGCACUGCGCCAACAGGAAGAGCUACGGAGCCGGAGCUGUCACGUUGAUAUCCAUGAACCUGAGUAAGAAGCCAGCCAGGAUCUGUGUGCCGGCGCUCGCCUCCUCCAGCACACUGGAAGCUUUUGUUCUUCAGUCUGAGCAGCCGGGAGAGGAAGGCCUCUACUCCAGGUCUGUGAGACUCAACGGAGACACGCUGACGAUGGUUGAUGAUGAAACUCUUCCUGAGCUGAAAGGAGUCCGUCUGCCAGCUGCUGAACAUCUGCAGCUUCCUGCGUACUCGCUGGCCUUCUUCGUCCUCACCGAGGCUCAAGCUGCGGCCUGCAGGACGCUUCACUGAGACACGAGGACGGAGACACGAGGACGGAGACACGAGGACGGAGACGCUUCACUGAGACACAAGGACAGAGACACAAAGACGGAGACACAAAGACGGAGACACAAAGACGGAGACACGAGGACGGAGACGCUUCACUGAGACACGAGGACGGAGACAC